AUGUCAUCGAGAAAGAAGGUCCUUCUCAAGGUCAUUAUCCUUGGCGAUAGCGGUGUCGGAAAGACGAGUCUGAUGAACCAAUAUGUCAACAAGAAAUUCAGUGCAAGCUACAAGGCUACAAUCGGCGCCGACUUCCUGACGCGCGAGGUUCUCGUCGACGACCGACAGGUGACGAUGCAGCUUUGGGAUACGGCAGGACAGGAGCGCUUCCAGUCUCUGGGCGUUGCCUUCUACCGUGGUGCCGACUGCUGCGUGCUCGUAUACGAUGUCAACAACUCCAAGAGUUUCGAUGCCCUGGACAGCUGGAGGGACGAGUUCUUGAUUCAGGCUUCGCCGCGGGACCCGGACAACUUCCCAUUCGUCGUUCUCGGAAACAAGAUUGAUGUCGAGGAGAGCAAGAGAGUGAUCUCGACCAAACGCGCCAUGACCUUUUGCCAGUCCAAGGGCGGUAUUCCCUACUUCGAGACCAGUGCAAAGGAGGCCAUCAACGUCGAGCAGGCAUUCGAAGUUAUCGCACGGAACGCUCUGGCCCAGGAGGAGUCCGAGGAGUUCAGCGGUGAUUACCAGGACGUCAUCAACAUCCCCAUCGAAAACCCCCGGGACGGAUGUUCUUGCUAA